AGGCAGGAGCGCGAGAAUGAAUCGCGAGGCAUCGCAGGCAAGGACUUGCGCGCCAUUGAUGACCGCGGCCUAAGAGGUCUCGGCCUUAGAGCACGAGCUGCAUGCACAAAAGCAGGAAUUUACGCGCUCGCUCGUGAGGCCGAGUCUCGAUGAUUCUUGGGCUCGGGCCUUGAGGAGGAUCCACGGAUGGGCACAUUUGGGUGAGACCCGGGUGCCAUGCGGUGAAGUCAUGGCGAUGGCGCGAGUGCCCGCUGCUUCGUAGGACGACGCAAGAAGUUGACGGUCCGCGAGGUGGCACUUGGGGCCCAUCAUCGUCGCACGGCACUCGAGUUCGAACCAUUGCCGUCAAUUUCGUCGUUGAAUUUGUCUCCCCCGUUGGCUCGUGGCCACAAUGUAGCCAAGGCGCGAGCGAGGGAGGGAGCGAGCCAGCGACGUCCUUGGUUCCUUGUUCGGGUUGACAAUUGCAAGUUACCGAUGUGGGUCUGUCUGUCACAUAAUUAAUCUUCUGCAAAAGUUGCGGUUUCACAUCCGGAAUCUGUAAUGUGCACAAGAAACCAAAAGCCGAUUAGGAGUGGGUCUAGGGCGACCCACGAUGCGGGGGCUGACUUUUUGCAUGUCUUUCUUCAUUCUUGAACUCGAGUGAGGGGGAGGUGAUUCUCCGAAGUAGCUUCGAUUUGUUGUCUCCCUAGCUGGAUUUUGGGUUCCCCUAGGUCUUGGUGUCGCUAUUGGCACUCGUUGUUGCUGAAUAUGCGCUCGCCCUCGCCCUCGCCCUCGCCUCAGAGGCCCAUCACAUCCAGAUUCGGAAAGAAUUUGGAUGUAGGGGCAGAAAGAAUAUCGAGAUGAGCUCCGGCGCAGAUGGAUCGAUCGAGUAUCAAAAAGCUUUGUUGCAUGUCAUGGGCACGACCCGACGUGACGCGGUGCAGCAGAUAAGGAAUGGUGGGACCUUCAAUUCCGUCUGGGUGGUCGAGGUGCGGUAACCUCACCCGUUCUGAAUAUAAGUCAGUCACACUCGUUCCUCCUC